AUGGGCAACAGUAAAAGCAGUGCUCUGUCCAAAGAACUUCUGGAGGACCUAAAGCUGAACACCAGAUACAGUGAGCAUGAGCUGUGUGCCUGGUACAAAACCUUCCUGAAGGAGUGUCCCACUGGUCGCAUUACCAGGGAAAAGUUUGAAAGCAUCUAUGCUACCUUCUUCCCUGAUGCCAACCCCAAAGCCUAUGCACAGCAUGUUUUCCGCAGCUUUGACUCCAACAGUGAUGGUACCCUGGACUUCAAAGAAUACAUUGUGGCUCUGCAUCUGACAUCAUCUGGAAAGACGAUGCAGAAGCUGCAAUGGGCCUUUGUCCUUUAUGAUGUCGAUGGGAAUGGCACUAUCAGUAAAAAUGAGAUCCAGGAAAUUGUGAAGUCCAUAUUCAAUAUGAUCUCGAAAGAAGACCAAAAGAACCUUCGACAUGAUGAAAAUACACCGGAAAAAAGAACAGAUAAAAUAUGGGACUUUUUUGGAAAGAAACAAAAUGAUAAAAUAUCUGAAGGAGAAUUUAUUCAGGGCGUAACGGACAAUAAGGAAAUUCUCAGGCUGAUCCAGUUUGACAAACCACAGAAAGUCCAAGACAGGCUAAAGGAAAAGAAGCUGUAA